AUGGCUGAAAUAUCAAAUGAAAAUAAUAUUGCAAAUUGGUCACUACCAAAUCUACAAAAAAUUAACGUUCAAGAAUUAUAUACUCGACAACGUCAAAGUUUACGUCCAUGGUUUGAAUUCUUUAAUACAGCUAAAUUUAAACCACCUGGAAAUAUUGGAACAGCUACUCGACGACUUAUUACUAAUGUUGAACAUUUUCAAACAAAUUAUGUUAUUAUUAUUAUUAUUUUAUCAAUCUAUUGUGUCGUUACAACACCAUCUUUACUUUUUGUUCUAUUAGCAAUGGUUGCUGGUUGUUAUUUAGUUAGUAUAAAAAAUCGAGAAAAACAAAUAACACUUAUGGGACGUCAAAUACCAUUGCCACAUCAAUAUUUAGCUGUGAUUUGUCUUUGUAUUCCAUUGUUGAUUAUAGUUGGAGCUGGUUCAGCUAUUUUUUGGAUACUUGGUGCAUCGGUAUUUGUUAUUGCACUUCAUGCAAUUUUUCAUCAAACACCAAAUCAAGAUUCAUUUGGUUUACAAAUGGAAGAAGUUUAA